AUGAUUAAAGACACGAAAUUGUCAACAAAGUCUAUAUUUUGUGAUGAUGGAGAUGUUUAGUGGCAAUCUAAUUCGUCCAAGGAACUUAGCAAUACAUUAACAGGACUAUUCCACAUUUACAAGGAGGAGAAGAGUCAUUAUAAACUUUUGGAAGUCUCCUUUAGCAGACCUUAUCUCAUGAAAUAGUCUAGAAAAUAAGGUUCCAAAGUUCUUGAUAUCACUAAUGCUGUAGUAGAGAAGGUGCAUAAUAAUAUAGUUGGAGAAGGAUUAAUAGUUUAAAAAAAUAACCUAAAGUUCUUCAUGUAUGGCCAGGUCGAUAAAUGGUUAGACGCAAUGUAAGACCUCUGCAUUUAAGUUAAUUUUCAUGAGGAUUAUUUUUUAUACAGAUUAAUUUCCAAUAGUUAGCAGUCUAAGGUGUACUUUGCAGAAGAUAGGAACACCAAAAUUGAUUAUGCAAUCAAAGUAUUUGAAAAGAAUUAAUUUGAUGAAGAAAUUGGGCCAAAGGCUUUGAAACAAGAAAUAGAAAUUCUCAGACUUCUGAAAAAUGAGCAUUUUACAAAACUAUUGAAAAUUUACGAAGGAGAUUAGGCAGUUUAUUUGGUAUUCGAACAGUAAAAGGGAGGUGACUUAUAGAGAUUUCUAAAGGAAAAUGAAAAUUCUUUAACAGAAAAAACAGCAUUUCAAGCUAUUAAAUAAUUGUUAUAGGGAAUAAAUCUGAUGCAUACUCUCAAUUAUAUGCAUCGUGAUUUAAAGCCUGAAAACAUAUUGUUAAAAAACAAGGAUUCUUUGGAAGAACUAAUUAUAAGUGAUUUGGGUUUGGCAGAAAGAGUCAAUAACGAGUAAAAACCAUUAUUCACCCUUUGUGGUACUCCUGGGUAUGUAGGUCCUGAGGUUCUCAAGAAACAGCCCUAUGAUUAAAAGGUCGAUAUUUAUGGCAUAGGGAUAAUCCUAUAUACCUUGCUCACAGGCAAAAAUCCCUUUUAGUCUAUUUUAAAGGAUGAAAUUCUUGAGUUGAAUAUGAUCGGAUAUGUCAAUAUAGACAAGGUAAAUUGCUCUGAACUUGGCAGAGAUUUACUGAAACAAUUAUUGCAGUUAUCUCCAAAUCGAAGACCAACUGCUCAGCAAGCAUUGAGACACUAGUAUUUUCAAAAUUAAUCUGAAGAAAAAGUACUUCCAAAAUAAAGCAUUAUUAUCUCAAAAUCUAAGGUCAAUUCUAUUCAUAGUGAAUAGCUCUCUCCACUAACCCCUAAUCUCAAUUUUGAUAAAUAUAAAGCACCUCAAAUUCAACCAUAAUAUUUAAGAUAAGCCACUCCCAAAUUGGAUAUUCAUCAAAAAAAUACUACAAACUUAAUGAAGAAAUUCAGAAGACCUUCAUGA